AUGACUUUAGCUCGUAUCGCUUUGGAAAGAGGAGAUGUGGAAAGAGCGGAAGCAAUUUUAGAAAUGGGGAUUAAGAUUUGCGAUGAGUAUCAAGCGUACAUUGCAAUGCCUUACAUAUAUGACAUUUUAGCAUCAAUAUUGAUUGCUACAGGCAAUAUAAAGAAAGCAGAAAACUUACUAGUGCAGAUUAUAGAGAAGAUGCUUCAGUUAGGAGUACCAGAAAACGACAGUCAAAUUGUAGAUUUUAAAUUGCGUUUAGCACGAAUUUACAGUUCGUAUGAUGAAAAUGAGUUAGCAGAAAUAGGAUUUAAGAAAUGUUUAGUAGUACAAGAAGCAAAAAUUUUAGACGGUGAUACGUCCACCAAGACGGGUAUGUUGUAUGUCAAUGUCUUAUUCUGGUAUGGAUUACAUAAAAUAAAAAGUGCCAACUACGUCAAAGCAAAGCAGCUCAUCGAUUCCGCUUACAAUUAUUCAAUGAAAAUUAGAGGACUUACCCCUUAUCAAGAAAUGGUGAUUUUGUAUACCCUCGCAGAUUUAAACUUUCAACUUGAAGAUUACGAUAUUGCUCUUCAAAAUAUUCAAAGUGCAAUUCUCUUAGGGAAGGGGAUAGGCAGUUUGGAUUUGCCCAGGUGUUAUUUGAAGCUUGGCAAAAUUUAUAUAAAACUAAGUUCUAACGAUGUAGCUAAACACUGGUUAAAUGAAGCCUACAAACUGGCAACACUUUUUAACGACAGUGAAGUUCUUGAAGAAGUAGAAAUCAUUUUAUCACAAUUACCUGAGAAGAAAGCAACUUUUUUUUGA